GAGAGAGAGAGAGAGAGAGAGAGAGAGAGAGACAUGGAUCAUCGAGCAAUUGAGAUCGACGAACUGCAAGAUGCAGAAUUUGAAUACAACGCCGCUGGAUCUGCUGCUGGGUCCAUUGGAGGGGAUCAGCUCGAGUUGAUGACGAAAUGGAAACCGUUUAUGGCUAAUGGACUAGCUUCGCCCCCGAGGAACUAUGAUGAAGCCGGCCCAGGGCAUGCUCCGGCAGGAUCGCGCAAUGAAACUGUAACUUACUGCUUGGCCCGCGUUAGGCGCCGACUGGGGGAAAGGGAAAGACGCUUCCGAGCGGGGACCUCAUCUUGCACCAUCUUUAGGAUCCCCCCGACUCUUUGCGGGAUCAAUCCGAAGGCUGAACAGCCCGAGAUCGUAUCUAUCGGCCCGUACCACAGGGGCCGGGACCAUUUGCUCGAGUUCGAAGAGCACAAGUGGUUCUUCCUCAGGAGGUUCCUUCACCGCACAUCCUCGAACGAGGCGAGUCUCAUUGAAUUAUUGGCAGCUGAGGAAAAUUCUGUCCGGACUAGCUAUUCAGAAACUGUGCUUAUGUCGAGUGGCGACUUCGUGGAGAUGAUGCUACUCGAUGGUUGCUUUGUGCUGGAACUCCUACUCCACAUUUUCAGGAGCGAUGACCCGAUUGAUGAAGAUGACCCCAUCUUUACACGGCCUUGGAUAAUCCCGAUUCUCAUCAGGGACUUGCUGAAGCUUGAAAACCAGGUUCCGUACUUCCUUCUCAAAUCGCUGUUUGACUUCUCGAGCUCGACAAGGGUCGAGGCGAAAACAGACUAUUUGUGCACACUCGCUUUGAGAGUAUUCGAUCUUGCCUACCCGAGACCCGUGGCGCUUCUCAAAGAUUAUGAGAAUCUGCAAUGCAAGCAUUUACUUGACCUGUUUUACUUGACUCUCUUUCCGACAAACCCAGACCCUUGCAACUACCCGCAGAUGUCACGGCCGUCGGAUCAGUCCGUACCGUGUGUGACCAGCCUUAGGCCCUCUGGAAUCAAAUUCAAGUCCAAGAAGACGCAUGACUUCCUGGACAUAAGUUUCCGAAAACGGGUGCUUGAGAUACCAUCCAUCACCAUCAACGACUUCACGACCACCGUCCUAGUAAAUUGUGUUGCCCUGGAACAAUACAAGGAAAACAGCUCCAAGCACAUUACUGAUUACGUCUCCUUCAUGCACUGCCUCAUCAAUCAGCCUAAAGACGUGUCGCUCCUCUGUUCUGAUGGGAUCAUCACAAGAUUUUCUCACGAUGAUCAGUAUGUUGCUAAUUUCUUCAAUAAGCUGGGGAAGAGUACCGUUUUCAAUGUUCACGGCUGUUAUCUGUCCAAGCAGUUCGAGGAAUUGGAAUCGUAUUACUACAGCAAUUGGGCGAACAUGAUGCGCACUUACUUUUCCAGUCCGUGGUCAGUUAUAUCGGUCUUCUCUGCUUUCUUGGUCAUAGUUCUCACCGUGAUACAGACCGUUUUUGCUGUCCUCGGUUAUCGCUUCCAUUAGU